AUGGUGUGGUUAUGGACGCUUCCGUGGACUUUCAUUCUGGUUGCGCUGAUACCGCUGGCCACAGCUAAAUCACCAGAUGUGCACCACAGCCUGCAACAGCUCAAAAAACGAGAUGACGACUCGCUUCGAGACGAAAACUGCCAGGCAUGGAUCGCCCCAGUAUGGCCGGGAAUGAGCCAUAUGAUGGUGGCAGCAACUCGAGCGGAGCGAGAUGUGUCUUACAAUGUGUCGAUCGACCAACUGACGUACAAGGGCGCCGAGCUGACCCCGCUGGUCUUCAACAAGUACGGAUACACCCAGGACGGCAUUUUCAAAUCCAUGGACCUGCUCAAGUCCGGAAUGACGUCUCUGGGACUCGACGUCUAUUGGAACAACAAGGAACAGUACUGGCAGCUGUGCCCCGUGAUUUUCCCAAGCUCUGCAGAACCAGGCACUCCUGUUCUGCUACAGAGACGACUCACAACUGAUAUCGUCACAUGCGACCAAAAUGCGACGUUGUCGUACUUUCUAGCGGCACUUAGUAAUCAUGUCAACGUCACCGACAACAACCUCGAUGUCGACCUCAUCUCGCUCAAGCUCAACCUCCGAACGGUCGAAACGCCGAUACAAAGUAACUCGAGUUCUCAACGACAAAAGCGACAAUUUAGAGAAACGUCUACAAGCGUAACCCAGCUGGCCAGCAGCGUCCUGUCGAGUUUGUUAAACGCCUCUAAAACGACUAGAAUGGAGUCGACUGGCUCCUUCUCCAACAGCGACUCGAACUCCUCUUCAAACUCCUCUCGAAUGAGUAACUCAACGGAGUCGACCAGAACCACAUCUUCCACAGAGUCAGCUUCUAGCACCUCAACGACACCUUCAACUUACACCACAGGACCACAGAUGCUCGGAAACAUUGUGGGAUCCUCUUACAUCGGUCCUAGACUCUACACUCCCAAAGAUCUUCAUCGCGAUCGAGAAGCAGAACCUCCCAGAACUUACGACUACCAAGGUCUCAGUAACCGGGGUUUCCCUCUGGCACAUUACAUUCUGCUAGAGAUGAAGGCUCGGGUCAUGGUCUCUAUAUCUCAAAACGAUCAGCCGGACGGGUACGGUUGGGGUUCGGCAGAUCAAGACGUCAUUUUUACUAAACAAGCAUUGUUGGGCUCCUCGGACCCAGAAAACACAAAUGAAAACAUUGCGUAUGAAAACCUGCAAGAAUGCAUACGUCUGGACCCACAGUUUCUGCAGUCUAUCAACCUGACGGGUGCUGCUUCGUGGAGAACAUACUCGUCGACACAACAAGACCCGAUUUCAAACGUCUCAUUCCAGGAGUUCAUCAAUUGCGGGCUCUCCCCAAGCAUUAACAAUACCCUAGCUCCAGGAGAAACACUCCAGGGUCUCAUGACCGAAUCUCUGUGGUCGUGGGCUGAAGAUGAACCCAGCAAAUGCCAUAAUGAGUCGGUAACGAGAACGCAAGACAGAAACACAGGUCUAGUUGCCUGGAACUGCGCCGUACUCAUGCCUGACGGAUGGCACGUAGCAAACUGCUACGACACACACUACCCUCUCUGUCGACAGGGAGAACUGGCAUACAACUGGGCUGUGGGCACUCAGAAAGUCAACUACUUUGAUACCGCCCAGGAGAAGAACAUCUGUCCACCUGGAUAUACCUUCUCGCUGCCCAGAACAGCCCUACAAAAUAUCGCCGCCAAAAUUACAGUCAGAGGAGUCUCAGGAAAGACAAGGGUAUACAAAGGUGGAGAUACAACAGACCCCGACUCUUAUGACACUAUUGAUUAUGGAAACACGGCCUUCCCGGUGUGGAUCGAUCUGAAUUCCAUUUCUCAGGAAGACUGUUGGGUCUCAGGUGGACCUACUGCUAGGUGUCCUUACAGAACAGUCCAAAGCCACUCCGUAUCUGUAGCGCUCCUAACAGUGGCUUCUGCUGUCUGUGCAGGAGUUGCCGCUGCUAUAAUUCUGCUCCAAAUGGACACCCAACCUAUCAAGAAGAACUCUGGUCGAUGGAGACGACUCAUGUCCAACUUCAAGAAGUCGGAGUACGAGUCUGUCCCAGCAUAG